CCAUGGAAGUUCUCGAUACCGCCGUCGAGGCCGUCCGCCCAUACGUCAAACCCAUCACCCACAACCUCCCAACCUUCAUCUUCGACGCCGGCACCUCCCUCAUCGGGCCCCACUGCUACAAGACCCUCCUCCUCGACUUCGACCCCUUUCAAUCCCCCGAAUGCCUCAAACUCGCCACCAGCAAAGCUCUCGGCCUCGCCAUCAUCGCCUCCUCCUCCGUCGUCAAGCUCCCGCAGCUGAUCAAGCUCGCCAAGUCGCGCUCCGCCGAAGGGCUCUCCUUCACCGCGUACGCGCUCGAGACCGCCGCGUUCAUCAUCACCUGCGCGUAUAAUGCGCGCAGCGGGAACCCGUUCAGCACGUACGGCGAGAGCGCGUUGAUCAGCGUGCAGAACGUGGCGAUCGCGACGAUGAUUUUGCAUUUUAGCGGGAAGAAGCUGGAGGCGCAGGCGUGGUUUGCGGGGGUGGGGUUCGCGGUGUCGGCGUUGCUGGGAAAGGGGGUGGUAGGGGAUGAGGCCAUGGGGUAUCUACAGGCGGGGGCGGGGGUGUUGAGUAUCGCGAGCAAGGUGCCGCAGAUCUGGACGAUUUAUAAGGAGGGUGGGACAGGGCAGUUGAGCGCGUUUGCGGUGUUCAUGUACCUGAUCGGCUCCUUGUCGAGGGUCUUCACCACACUUCAAGAGGUUGAUGAUCCGAUCAUCCUCUACGGGUUCAUUGCCGGGUUCAUUCUGAACGGCAUUCUGGCAGUGCAGAUGGUUUAUUACUGGAAUGGGUCCAGUAAGACGAAGGCCAAAACCACGACGUCCAAAAAGAGGCAGGCUGCAAUUAAGGGGAAAGAGCCGGUUCCUGUUGCUUCAUCCACGACAACGCGCUCCAAGGGCACCCCCUCGAGGAGGAAGGCUUAA